ACGCCUUCCUGUUAGUCGGAGCUGGGAGAAGUUCACUCGAAUCAGCUGAUCCUAACUGACAACAGGAGGAGAGGAAGCCCGGAAGGCAGCGAAGGAGGUGGGGGGCGGAGAUGGAGAUGAGGAUGGAUCCGCCGGUUCCCUGAGGGACAGCCCCCGCCUCCACCGGCGCCCUGCGGUCCCCCGACGCCGCCUCGCUGCAGCAGAGCUGCUCCAUGGUAUCCCCUGAAAUAGUGACUUGAGGCUGGAUUAUAAUGCAAAGCUCCUGACCACUGUCUUUCAUUACCAAGACCUUGUGGCUGAGGCCCAAUUCAUGAGUCCAUCUAAGUGCACCCGUCACCUCUCUCUCAGAUAGCCAUAAAAGACCCUUUCAAGCUAAUUUUGACCACGUGUUUCCCUGCACUUUAUGGAGGAUGAAACUAUCAAACCAAAUCAACGUUGCUGCUGAUACAGGAGCGUGGGAGGCAGAAAAUUAAACAUUUAAACAUUAAUGAAUGUGUGAAUUCUAAUAGGACACUGAAGGUUUAAAAAAUAAUUAAAAAAAAAAAGUGUUCAGUACCCUGUGGAAGUUCUGUGCAGUCUUCAGGCUCCCAGCUUUUGUCCUCACUUCUGGGGAAGGCCCAGGACCGUUAUAUGGUGGGUGAUUUCCUUACCAGUCUGAAUAUGAGUGGCCAGACUUCCCCAGCAGAGAAGGGCCUGAAUCCGGGGCUGAUGUGCCAGGAGAGCUACACCUGCAGCGGGACUGAGGAAGCCGUGUUCGAGUGUGACGAGUGCUGCAGCCUGCAGUGUGUCCGCUGUGAGGAGGAGCUCCAUCGGCAGGAGCGCCUAAGGAACCAUGAGCGGAUCCGGCUCAAAGCAGGCCACGUCCCUUACUGUGACUCCUGCAAGGGCCCCAAUGGGCAUUCCCCAGGUGUGAAGCAGAGGGCAGUCGUGAGGUGCCAGACCUGUAAAAUCAACUUGUGCCUGGAGUGCCAGAAGAGGACUCAUUCCGGGGGUAACAAACGGAGACACCCCGUUACUGUGUACCACGUCCCUGACGUCCAGGAGUUCCUGGAGGAAGAGGGGAUGGAUGAGGAGGCCAAGAGGAAGAAGAUGACUGAGAAGGUUGUGAGUUUCCUCCUAGUAGAUGAAAAUGAAGAAAUUCAGGUAACGAAUGAAGAGGAAUUCAUUAGGAAAUUGGACUGCAAACCUGAUCAGCAUCUGAAAGUGGUUUCCAUUUUUGGAAAUACUGGGGAUGGGAAGUCUCAUACACUCAAUCACACUUUCUUUUAUGGCCGGGAAGUCUUCAAAACCUCUCCUGCCCAGGAGUCCUGCACUGUGGGAGUAUGGGCUGCCUAUGACCCAGUCCACAAGGUGGCGGUGAUAGACACGGAAGGGCUCUUGGGGGCUACAGUGAAUCUAAGCCAGAGAACACGGCUGCUGCUUAAGGUCCUGGCCAUCUCAGACCUCGUCAUCUAUCGAACUCACGCAGACCGGCUGCAUAAUGACCUCUUCAAGUUCCUUGGGGACGCCUCAGAAGCUUAUCUGAAGCACUUCACCAAGGAGCUCAAGGCUACCACUGCCCGCUGUGGCCUGGAUGUCCCCUUGUCCACCUUGGGCCCUGCUGUUAUCAUUUUCCAUGAGACUGUGCACACUCAACUAUUGGGCUCUGAUCACCCAUCUGAGGUACCCGAGAAGCUCAUCCAGGACCGGUUUCGGAAGCUGGGCCGCUUCCCUGAAGCCUUCAGUUCUAUUCACUACAAGGGAACGAGGACUUACAACCCUCCCACAGACUUCUCCGGGCUUCGGCGUGCUUUGGAGCAGCAACUGGAGAACAACACCACCCGUUCUCCCCGGCACCCAGGGGUCAUCUUCAAAGCCCUGAAGGCGCUGAGCGACCGCUUCAGUGGUGAGAUCCCUGAUGACCAGAUGGCGCACAGCUCCUUUUUUCCAGAUGAGUACUUCACCUGCUCCUCCUUGUGCCUCAGCUGUGGAGCUGGAUGUAAGAACAGCAUGAAUCACGGGAAAGAAGGAGUACCUCAUGAAGCCAAGAGCCGCUGCAGAUACUCCCACCAGUAUGACAACCGCGUUUAUACCUGCAAGGCCUGCUAUGAGAGAGGCAAUGAAGUCAGCGUGGUGCCCAAGACGGCUGCUUCCACCGACUCCCCCUGGAUGGGUCUUGCAAAAUAUGCCUGGUCUGGGUAUGUAAUUGAAUGUCCCAACUGCGGUGUGGUCUACCGUAGCCGGCAGUACUGGUUUGGGAACCAAGAUCCCGUGGAUACGGUGGUGCGGACAGAGAUUGUGCACGUGUGGCCUGGAACCGAUGGAUUUCUCAAGGACAACAACAAUGCUGCCCAGCGCCUCUUGGACGGGAUGAACUUCAUGGCUCAGUCGGUAUCUGAAUUUAGCCUUGGGCCCACCAAAGCUGUGACGUCCUGGCUGACAGACCAGAUCGCCCCUGCCUACUGGAGGCCCAACUCCCAGAUCCUGAGCUGCAACAAGUGCGCUACAUCCUUUAAAGACAACGACACGAAGCAUCACUGCCGGGCCUGUGGGGAGGGCUUCUGUGACAGCUGUUCGUCCAAGACCCGGCCAGUGCCUGAGCGGGGCUGGGGCCCUGCACCCGUGCGGGUGUGUGACAACUGCUAUGAAGCCAGGAAUAUCCAGUUAGAUGUUACUGAGGCCCAGGCGGACGAUGAAGGUGGGACGCUGAUUGCUCGGAAGGUGGGCGAGGCCGUGCAGAACACUUUGGGAGCCGUGGUGACAGCCAUUGACAUACCACUAGGUCUGGUGAAGGACGCAGCCAGGCCGGCGUACUGGGUACCUGACCACGAGAUCCUGCACUGUCACAACUGCCGGAAGGAGUUCAGCGUCAAGCUUUCCAAGCACCACUGCCGGGCCUGCGGGCAGGGCUUCUGUGACGAGUGUUCCCAUGACCGCCGGGCUGUCCCCUCUCGAGGCUGGGACCAUCCUGUCCGAGUCUGCUUUAACUGCAAUAAAAAGCCUGGUGACCUUUAACCCCAGCUCCCUCUCCGAGUCCUUCACAAUUCCUUAGGUUCUCAGGGUUAGAAACAGAAGUCUUGUUGAGGUAGGCCCUCCUCCUGGUCACCUUUUGUGGUAUGUGUCCUCCCUCAUCUUGAGGCCACUUUCCCACAGUGUGGGGUGGGCAGGUGGCGAGCUGGGGUGAGCCUGGCGGCAGGCCCAAAGGUGUGAACCCCUCAGGGCAGGGGACCGAGCAGCUUAUAUUAUAGCAAAGGGGAAUGAACCCGAAUCCGUUGCAUUUUAUGUCAGUUAAAAAUAAUACAUAUAUAUAUACAUAUACCUGUAUAGACAUAUAAAAGGAACGUGGCGUGUAUUCAGGCUGCUGCUGGCUGCAGAGACUUGCAGUCUGUCCCCAGCACAGGGGUAAGGUGGCAGUGGCAGCAGGUCUUCCCCACAAAACCGAGCCAGGUCCAGAGCCACUGUGUGUUGCUAGUCAGUCACCUUUUGCUGCUUCUCUCCGAGCCUUUGAAGCCUUCGUGCCCCUCAGCUGCCGGGGGAAGGGAGCUUGCCAGGUACUUCUUGCUUGGAACAGCCUGCAGGGGAUCUCCCUGGGCCCUCCAGAGGCGGAUCCCAAUUCUUGGCCUAAGCCUGUUUCAGUCAGCAACCCCUCAGCCUAGUGUGCAGGUCACAGGUGGGUGGAGGGUGAGAGGUAGGGUCCUCGGCCCCGAGAGUCCAGGAGCAGGUGACGUGACAUCCUGUUCCUGGGGAGAUCACGGGAGACAGGCCUUCCCCAGCAGUGUUUCUUGCUUGUUGAUGCUUCUGUCUGUGCGACCACUUGGCUUUCCCUGCCCUGACGUAGAGCACCCGCUUCUCUCCCUUUCCAGCCCCCUAGAGCCCACCAUCCACUGAGUGUUGCACUAGGAUUUUUGCUUAUUUCAAAGUGUCUUAAUUCUUUGUUCCCAGACACAUGGCCCCUCUAGCCAUUGGAGGGGUGAUCAUGAGAAAUCUUCCAGGGAAACAGAGCACAGAAUGGACUGUUAGCUGUUUGGUUUUUUAAAUAGUAUAUAUAAAUAUUUCAGCAGAUCAUUAAGAAAAAAUUCUCUCUUUGGUCGUGGCAAGAGAAGUCAAAUGAACUUUUCUCAGCAAGAGCUGGGACAUCCGUAUCUAUCGUGACUGGAAGGACUGUUGUGCUGAAGUCUUGAGAGCAUGGUGGAGUUUAUCUUCAGUGGCCAAAAACGAAGAAUUAAAAGCAACAUCGUUCUUGGUUGACUGGUGGGUGGGCCGAGCUUCAGGGAGGUAUGUGGCGGUCAUUUUUGAUGUGAGUGUCACUGUGACAUGAGCCCUGGAAUGUGUCGGUCCUCUGCAGACCUGUUCCCUUCCUGCCUCCCAUGGCCCAGUGGCUGAGGCCCUGCCCUAGUACCGUGUAUUAUCAAACGCGCCGUCAUAAAGGAAUCUUCUGCGGAA